AACGAGAUACUUUACUAAAAGGUUUCAUUUCAAGAAAUAAUCCAGAUUAAUAUGUGCGUAGUGCUUAUCAAUCACACUAUAUGGAGUACUGAAAAGUUUAUGACGAUUGAAAUUUAUUUCCAGUCAUAUUGAGACUAUUACAAAUCAAAUUUGGGGGCGAGUUUUCCAUAUUAAGAAUCUGUACUUGGAGGAAAAAACUGUGAUAAGGAGAUUGUGGAAUAACUUUUUGCUAGAUUCCAUGAAGGGUUUGCGACUAAAGAAUGACAAAAUCAAUCAUAUUCCGCGUACUAUUGAAGCGUGGCUUAAUUCUUCCACUGACCGCCGUUCUGGCUUUUUGGUAUUUUGGUGUAAAUACCAACGUCAUGAAUACGCGCAAAUGCUUGGCGACAGGGAAUCACAUCACACACUCGCAUUCAAGUGAAAAGAAACAGAUACGAUGGGAUAGUUUUGAGGACAGGCGAAACCAUCUCAGGAAAACCUGCGACUCUAUGCCCAAAUUCAAGCAAAGCGGAACACUUGUAUCCUUAAAAGGACAAUAUCUUCUCUACGAUUCUAAACACGACUUUGUCUUCUGUAUGGUACAGAAGAUAGGCUGCACAUUUUGGCGACGGGUUUUCCAUUUGUUAACGCAUAAUAUUUCGGAUUUGUAUUCUAUAGAUAACUACAAAGUUCAUCAGGAAACUUUACCAUCAUUGGAACGUCUCCACAUCAACAAAACAGGACGUAUUUUACAGUCAGCAACAACUGCUCUGUUUGUUCGAGAACCUUAUGAGCGUGCUGUGUCUGGCUAUUUGGACAAACUGUUUGCAAUCAAUAGUUAUUACAUGGAAACACUUGGACGACAAAUCGUAAGAAUGACCAGAAAAAACGCAAGUGUUGAAGCCUUAACUUGUGGCCAUGAUGUGACAUUUACGGAAUUCAUCCAAUACAUUUUGGAAAUGAAACGGAAGAAUAAAAUUGAAAGCAUUGAUCAUCAUUUUACACCCAUAUACAUACACUGUUCGCCAUGUGCGGUCAAAUACGACUUCAUAGGCAGAAUGGAGAAUUUCCAAGAAGAUACCACAGCGAUUUUUAAACAAACUGGUAUAUUUCGUAACAGAACAAUCUCCAUGGAAAUCAAGGAUUUCAUGGGUGAUGAGAUACGUAUUACAUUCAAAGAAGUGUUGGUGACUAGAAAGGCAUUGUCACACUGCAUGACGUUGCCGGAGAUGUAUGGUAGAGCGUGGAAAACUCUCCAACUUAGGGGCAUUAUUAACCCGGAUGUUCCAAUGCCUAGCUCUCAAAAUGUUACCUUGGAGAUGUUGCACCGAGAGGCGGUGGAGGCCAAUGAUCCGUCACGGGUAUCCGAGUAUAAACACGGGGCAUUUGUCAAUUUGUAUAAGACCUUGGACAGAAAGCUUCUGGAAGAGUUUCGAGAAUAUCUUUUACCAGACUGCAAGCUGUUCGGUUAUAACGAUAGGCCUCCAGAAUUAUUUUCAUGAGAAACGAUACUUUGACUAUACGACUUUGCUCAUGUAUACUGUCGCAUAGUAUAGUUGAUUGCUAAAUGUUCGUAUUUAUCAUCUUCAACACAAAUAUUGUAACCAAAAUUAAUGUAAAGUAAAGCCGAAUGGAAAUGACCUUUUAUUUGAAGUUGGGGGAAUCAUGUGAGAUCCUAUACGCUGUUUUAAAAACACGCAUUUUUGAAAUGGAAAGCAAUAUUUUCAUCAGUUGAUAUCGUUACGUUUAACAGUGUCCUGUCUAUAUUAAGGCGUGGGUUAGUCUUAAUUCGUCAAGAAAUCUAGAAAGAUUGUCUGAUCAAGAAAGAUAUAUGUAAUAUGCAAACAUCACAAUCAUCAUUUUCACUCCGGGGUGAAAAUCUAUAAAAUCACAACUUGACGUCCGGAUCCAAAUAUUUAGUUUAGUACGAAGGAUAUUCUUAGCUUGUAGAUAUAGCUAUGCACAAUCCUUAAAAACUUGGGCGUUGGAGUUAACCUCAGUGAUAGGAUCACUUUGUUAAUUGCUACUGACAAAACCUAGCAUCCAAACUCUUACUCUCGAAUGAAGAUAUUUCUGCCCACAGAAAAAAAAGCAAUUUCAGAUUGUUCUUUUGUUGUAAGACCUGUUGUUACAAUUCUCUUGUCAUAGACUUCGCCUAUUGACGUACCUUGUUUAUACUUCCGUCAAAUUUGAUGGUAUUUUGUAUUUCUGCAUGCAUCAUACAAUGAACUGUCUGACGAUAGACAGCUCCAGUAUCAGUUCAUAAUGCAAGAUGUUUUAAUGAAUUGUUUUUCACUCAGUCUUUUUUAAAGUUAUUUCACCCAGUUUCACUUGUAUCAUUUAUUAUAUAUCUUUACUUAAUCAUGACGUCCCCCACUUUAUCUCAUAUUACACAUUACUUUCAUACUUCAUCAUCUUGUGUCUGCAUAGCUGUGAUGUAACUUUUUGUAAUAGCUUUCUUUAUUUUCGAACUGAUUUUGGUAUCCUGUUUUAUAUUGUUGUUUCACCUUUUAAAUGUAAUAUAAAAGAUUAUUGACAUUUGUUUGUUAAUUUAACUCAUGUUAAAUCUAAGCAGGAUUUUAAACAGGAUGUUGUUAAGAAAUUAUUUUUGUAUAUACUUUUGAAUUUGUUUACUUUCUACCAAGUCACAUUCUAUGUAUAAUUAAAUAUUAUUUUAUAUAUAUAUUGCUUAUAUAUUUCGGGGAUUUCCCUUGUUUCGAUCUCAAAUCCCCCCCCCCCCCCCCCCCCCCCCCCCCCCCCUUUUUUUGACUUUUUGUAAAUAUGGAAUCUAAGUAAGUACUUUCUUUUUUAUUGUAUUUAAAUGUUGAUUUAGAUGCUUCUUCAUAAUUCAAAAGAUUGUUCCAUCGGUUUUUUCUGCUGGAAGGCUAGAAGAAAAUCUUAUUUAAAAAGGGGGAGGGGAGAAAAAAAUCGUAAAUACAGGUGUAUAAACAAACCAAUUUCUUAACAGCCUGUUCAGUUUAAAUAUGACUUAAUAUUAACAAAUAAAUGUCAAUAUUCUAUUAUAUUACAUUGAAAACGUGGAACAAUGUCACAUAAUAAAUGAUACCAAAUGGAAUCUAAAAUUUGUAUCAUACCAAGUUUUUGGUAACAAGCACAUACAGUUAAACAGACAUCCAUUAUCUAUACCAUCAUGGAAUGCCUAAAACAGCCGACAUAUUGGAGGUGAAUAGUAAAAUAUUUUAUUGCGAAUUAAUAGACCAAGACGAAGCAAUUCUAUUUUAAGAACUAUAGAAAGACUUUUCCCCCCUUCGGUUCUUUGUAAAUAUGUUACGAAUUUUUUAUUGCUAAUUCUUUAUUAUAUUUUUAUCACACCGUUCAAAAAGAUUUUCAUGUGAAUUUAUUUCAUUUAUUCCAUACGCCAAACAUGUCUCUAGUGAGUUUUAAAAUGUCAUAGGUUCAUUACUUUGUCACUAAACUUCAAUGAUUCGUGCCCUCGUUCUGAAUCAUAAGUCAUUUACUUCCAUAUUCCGAAUGUCUUCAUUAUAUUGUUUUGAAUUUUGAUUUUUGAUUUAUCUUUAACACACUUACGAUAGGAAAAGUUGUAUUUCCAGUAUGUAUUAUGAUUACCAUAUGAAGCUGUGUUUCCUUGAAUAAAAACUUUUUAAUUUUACUAUUUUU